UACAGCAGGCCACAUAGGACUCUUGACAGUUUCUAAGCUAAGCUGGAACUUGGAUUUUUACACUCCCAAGCAGUGUUUUCUUAUUCUUUUCUUUUUCUUUUUUCUUUCCCUGCCUGGUCAGAAGCCUUGAACAAACAGAGGAAAUAAGGGGAAAACAAAACAACGGGAUGGGGGAAGAAAUACUUCCCAAGACCAUCACACACCUGCACAACAGAGAGGACAAACCGUCAGAGACCAAGAUGGUGGUGGAAAAGUCCACAGCUCCAUCUGUGGCCCAACUAGCAGGAAAAUUUCAACAGCAAUCAUCAAAUUCUGGCAAGGAGGUCCCAGCUCCUAAACCAGCACGCAGAAAGCCACCUUGUUCUCUUCCCCUCCACACAAAUAAGAUGGAGCUAGGACAGAAUGGUGAGGUGAAACCAUCCCCAAAUGCUCCUCGUCCUAUAAGGAUAAAGCCCAAAAGUUCUCCACUCAUUGAAAAAAUGCAGGCCAAUUUGGCACUUGCUCCAACUUCUAUGCUGCCAGGAGCUUCUCCUAAAAGCCCUGGACUAAAGGCAAUGGUGUCUCCUUUUAGCAGUCCACCUGUCACCCCUGUCAGCCCAAAGACUCAUUCAAGUAUACCUGAUGAAUCUCCUGUUAGUUUUGAACAACCACCAGAAGGCACUCAUCUUCAGUUUUAUAAUAAGGUAAGGACACGAGGAUCAAUAAAGCGCAGACCUCCAUCUAGAAGGUUUCGAAAAUCACAGUCAGAAUAUGGAGAUGACCUAGAUUUAGGAGGGACAGUUUUACCUCAGGAAAAUGGUUCCCAAACUGAGGAGAAGGAGGAAGUGGAUGUAUUUAUGGACAAUAAUAAAUGUUUGAAAUCCUCACCUGCCCCGGUGGAUGGCAUAGACCAUCAGAAGAAAAAAAAUCAAGUAGCUUCUAAUGAAAAAUUGCCAUCAGAUCUACAAUCUAGUGGAACAGAGAAAGAAGUGGAUACAGAAAAAGUAACAAAAUUCAAAAAGAGCCAGGAAGACAAGACACAGAAGAAUCUUUCAGAGGAGAGACCAAGUAAGACUGUGAACAAUGAGAAAGGGAAGAAUACAGAUACUGAUACUACAGAAGAUACCAAAAGAAAACCACAGAACUGUAAUGCUUCCAACAUGGAAAACACUUAUAAAGAAAAGAGGGAGGAAAAAAUAAAUGGAAGUGAAGAUUCACAUCAUGAAUCAAGCAUACAAGAUACUGGGACUUCACAACCUACUGCAAAUAUGAAACUAUUCUGAACUCCAGGAUAUGGUGCUAAUAUAAUUACUAAGCAAAUGAUAAAUGGAAAGCCAAUUUAUUAGAGUUCCUUUUGCAAUACUUGCUUAUAAACUAUUUCUAGUUUAUAAUAGCUUAUAAAGAAAUAAACUAUUUCUUUAAAGAAGACACCAAAGAAACCUGAAUUAUUACUUUCUGCUGGAAAUUCGUAAGCUUUUGUUGAGACAAAUCAGAACAUCUGUGAUGGAAAGCAGCCUUACCAAGCUCCUUAAGGUUCUCAAACGUGGGGAUAGGCCAAAAGCAUGUUUUGGAUAUUGUCUAUUGAAUUUCAACAGUUGCUGAGUGGUUUUUUUUUAAUGGAAAGGACUAUAAUCCAUAUUAAUUACACUUUCUGAUUAAAGUUGACAUUUCCAAACCAUUUCUGGCCUAUGAGCUAUAAUUAUACUGCAUACAUAUCCAUUAUACAGUCAGCUCAGAAGCAUCAAAACUCAGUCUCUUCUGGUUUGCUUAGUAGCUGUGGGAUAAUUUGUAUAUGUGACAAAGAAACAAAACAAAACAAAACAAAACACCACACUGAUUUUCUACAACAGUUUAUAUUUUUUGAGAUUUUCUGAGUUUGCUAUUAAGCACAGGAGUAAGCUAUGGCUGGAUUCAGCAAAAUAUAGAUAGAGUUAGCCACAAGAUUGCUAAGCCAUUGUGAUAAAUAGGCCAUGUCUUAUGGUUUAACAUGUGCAAACUCAGUUAAAUGACUUAUUUAGCAAAGAAUAGUGAAACCAUAGCUUCACAUGAUACAUAUAUUAAAUUUGUGGAUAUUUUUAUACAUGAAUGUUACAUUAAGUUUGAACUAUUGUGCUAUUGAUCUAAGUCCUUUGGUUAUUGUUCAUAUUUUUUUAAAAAGGAAAAGAGUUACUUAUAAUAUACAUGGCAGAUCUUCCUGAUGUGUUUUAAAAAAAUCUAUUACUGAAUUGGCAAGCAAUAACAUCUUUCAAUUUCAUUUGUCAAAAUAACCUGCAUCUUGAAAAGUCUGCUAUUCUCUUUAAGAAGCCAGUUAUAGCAAUUGCUUAAGUAGACAUUUCCAAUUAUUUUAGGAAGUAGGAAUAGAAUAGAAAUAAAAAUAGGAAACACCAAACCAUGCCCACAUUAGAUAGACAUGUUUUAGAAAUACAACUCCUAGUCAAACAUGGGAUGAGACAUUAUAAGUAAUAAUGGCUGAAAUAUCAAAUGGGGAGAAAACAUAUAAUCAAAUUAGGAAGCAACAAGCUGAAUACAUCUACAUUUGCUAUUCAACUAUGCAUUGCUGAACUUCGUACAGUUCUGCUUGGGUUGACUGAAGAAUGAAAGCAUACACCUAUCAGUAUGAAUAAAAUAAAUGUAACUAUCUGAAAGGACUUAAUCCUAGGUCUACAAAUAUUGCUUAUACAUUAUAGGUAUCACUGACAAGUGAACAUGGUUCACGGCAGUGUUAUUUUGCACAUUGUGCUGGUCAGCUAUAGAAUAGUUCUGCAUCUUAAUGAUCUAAAGAGAGCAUAGCAUCAUUUUCUGAAUGGAGGGGAAAUCAGGUACUGCAGCUAGCAGCAAGAUUUAAGAAAUAAUUUUCCCAAACUGUGAUUUGCAGAUGUUCUUUUAAAAAUCAGAAUGGCUACUGGCUAAAGGAGCCAGACAAUUUUUGUUUGUUUUCUUCACAUGGCUAAAGUCUCAGUAUUAUCACAGUGCAUGGUGCUGAUCUCAGAAGAUCGCACACUGUAGACUAUCAUCUCUUCCAAAAAGCUAUCUUCAAAGCAAAAAUAUGAAGUAGUUUCAAAAAUAAUCAUAACAUUUCACGAAAUAAUAUGGUAUAUGAAACAAUUUUGCAAUCAAAGUUGCCCAUUUACCAUAUACUAAAUGGCCAGUUUAAUUCUGUGAAUUUCUCAAGUAGGCAUGAAGGAGAUAAUGGAUUCUUGUUGAUUGUAUAAUUAAACUGGUAUGUACUGCUUUUUGGUUGCCAUAGAUAACAGUAAUUUUAUAUAAAUAUUUAUGUAAUCUAUGCACAUGCCAUUCUGCAAAAUGAAUUUUCUUAUGUAAUUUUGAUUUGUGUAAAAUGUGUUUGUUAAACCUAAAAGCUAUUGUGCAUUCAUUUAUUAUUUGAUUCAGACAGUUAACAUUUCCAUACAGGUUGUUUUUGUCCCUUCCUCAUACAGCAAAGAUGCAUCCCAUGUUUGUUGAUGAUCUAUUGCUUUGAUCAUUGCUUUUGCAGAAAAAUAGCUAGAGAUGGAAUGACUGGGAUUUUUUUCUUGGAUUUUCUUAAUUUAUGCACUGUUAGCUAUGCCUCGGCAAAAUCAUGAACCUGAAGAACACUGUAACAAUUUUUGUAUUUGUUUUACUAAACCAUCUG